GUUUGGAGAAAAAUGUGUGAAAUAGAAUUUUGUUGGUCCAAUCCAAAUUGCUAUUUCCAAAGGCGAUAGAGAAGAAGAGGAAGAAGAAGCUGGUAGGGUUGAGUCAAGUUAAACCUCUCUCUUUUAUUAAUUCUAUUACUACAUCAUCAUCAUCACCGUCUUCAACGUAGAUGCAACCAAACCAAUGCAUAAAUAAAAGCAUCCUCUUUCCUCUUCUGCCAUCGCCCAAACCUCAAAAGAACCAAAAUCAACAAAACUAUCACAGAUCCCAAUAACAAACAAUGUCAUCGUCGCCUUUUCCUUCCUGCUUCCGUCCCUCCCCCACCACCGACGUUCCUCCUCCGCCGCCACCGCCGCCGCACUCCACAAUCUCAAACCUCACAAUCUACCACACAGACACAGGUCCCGUGUCCCUCACGUGGUCACGCUCCGUAGUGGGUCGCUCCCUUCACAUUCAACUCCACCGCCAAUCUUUCGACUCCAUCUCCUUCCACCUCCACAUACGACCCUUCGUCUUCUGGAAAAAGCACGGCGUGAAGAAGCUGGCCCCCGACACAUUCCUCUUCUGGAACCUUGCCAAGGCCAAAUUCGGGUCGCACCCGGAACCCGUCUCGGGAUUCUACGUUGCCCUUGUGGUUAACAGCCACAUGAGCCUCCUCCUCGGCGACGCCGCCAGAGACGCGUAUUCGAAGUCCCGGGCCCACCAACCGGCCACCCCGCAACUGCUUCUCCUCAAGAAAGAGCACGUCUUUGCCGACCGCGUCUACUCCACGCGCGCAACGUUCGGCGGCCGGGCGCGUGAGAUUCAGAUCGAUUGCGGUUUCAGGGACCACUCCAAACUCUCGUUCAGCGUGGACGGCGAGAAGGUGCUGCAGAUUAAGCGCCUCAAGUGGAAGUUUCGCGGCAAUGAGCGCGUCGUAGUUGACGGCGUGCACGUGCAAAUCUCGUGGGAUCUUUACAACUGGCUCUUCGACAAGAACAACGCCGACGCGCACGCCAUUUUCAUGUUCAAGUUCGAGGACGAGGAGGAGGAAGCGGUGGCUGAUAGGAACUUGGCGGGGUUGUGGAAUUUGGGGGUUUGUGAAUGGGGCAAGACUUGGUCUUCUUCCUCGGUUUCUUCUUCAGGUGGGUCCUUCGGCGGAAGCUCCUCUGUUUUGGAAUGGUCCAGUGUGGAGGAGAAUGAAUUGGUCGUUCCCGUCGGGUUUUCUUUGCUCGUUUACGCUUGGAAACGCUGAAGAACUCAAAUGGGUACUGUUGGAAUUUUGGAUUGCCUUUUCUUCUGCUCUCUGUUGCUAACACGUUAGAAUUCAGAUUACAUCAUUCAUGUUUGAUAUUUCCCCCACUAACCCAUUUGUUUUGUGGAAUACAUACACACAUAAAGCUUGAAUAAGCCCAAUUAGAAUGUAUAAGCACGUCAGAAUCUAUCAACAGAUUCCAAUUUCAUGAUAGAUAGACCUCAAGUAGAUUCAGCAGUUCUGUUGUGAAUUGGGGAUUCUUUUGUUUUUUGUUUUUUCUUUUCAUCUGGUAUCUGGUUUUAUGCGAAACUUGUUGCCAUGUAAUGUAAAUUCUUUCUGUAACUCACCAGCCCAGAAUCAAAUUGAUUCAGUCCGGCUCCAUUGAACGAAUUGCUUUCAGUGUGUUGUCAA